AUGGUGAUGGAAGUGGAGAAUGGGAUUAGAGGGACGAGAGGGGGAGGAGGGAGUGCCAUUGAAGAGACUAUCGGAUCUGGCCUUUUGGCAUGUCGCUCCCCGCCGGCAGAUCCGCUUCUCCGGGGAGACAGUCAGGGUCGUAAAUUUAGCGGUUCUGGAUACCACAUCGCAACUGUGACAUGUGUGAAAAUCAGGAACAGGGGUAAUGAAAGGCAUGCAGGGAUCCACAACCAGGGUUCAGGACUAGCAAUACUGGACGGAAACAAGCCGCGGGAUAUUUGGGUACCCAUCUCAUGGCGUGAUUCUUACUGUAAUUCAAACGGCCAUCCGCUCGGGGACCAUACACAUGCCGAAUUCCAAACUUUAGCUCGAAGCGAGAGCCGAAAAUCGACACUCGUCUUCCUUUUCUGGACAAUUGGACCUUUGUGCCCAUGCCGAGGACGGGGUGCGUGUGACUCUGACUGGGAGAAAGUCACGCACUCCGAGAUCGGCCUGGUCUUUGAGGUCUUGCAUAGGAGCUUCUCGUUACAGUGGGUCAAGAGACCAUCUGCGUUACGGUUACUAUAA